GACGCCGAACGAGAUAUUCGCGCUCAAACCUCUCUCGGUAUAUGGUGAAAAAUGAAUAUUGAGGCACAAGAAAAUCGGAUCAGGGCCAUGCUAGAGGAGGUGGAAACUGAUUCUUCAUAUGAAUCGAGUUCAGAAGGGGAAACCGAUCACUGUAGUGAUCAUAAUGUGAAUUCUGACACGGAGCAGGAGGCCGAUGAUCCAGUUGAUCUCUUAUCUAACUCCGGGCAAGAAACAGUGGUAGCAAACGAAACUUACAGUGACUCCGAUGAUGACGUACCACUGUCUGCUCUCGGAUCCAGAAUGUUUUGUUCUAGACAGGUUGGUGGAUCUUAUUAUAGUUCUAAAGACGGUACAAAGUGGUAUAAAAACUGCCAGCGCCCGAAUAUAAGGCUUCGGUCUGAAAACAUAGUUACCGAACGGGCUCUAGUAAAGACUGGUGCAAGAGAUGCUGACACAGAGAGUAAAUGCUGGAAUAUUUUUGUCACUCAAAGUAUGCUAGACGAAACGUUAUUACACACGAACUCAGAAAUUCGUAGAAGUCAAGUCAAAAGUAAUGACCCAAAUGCUGUCCACAAGAAAGAAAUCACUAUGAGUGAGUUAAAGGCAUUCAUUGGUUUGUUAUAUAUAGCAGGCGUCACCAAGUCGAAUCGUCAGAAUUUGAAGGACCUGUGGCGAACUGAUGGUACUGGUGUUGACGUAUUUCGUACCACCAUGUCGCUGCAAAGAUUUUAUUUUCUUCAGAAUAGCAUUCGAUUUGAUGAUAAAUCGACGCGUGAAGAACGCAAAAAAACGGAUAACAUGGCAGCUAUCAGAAGCAUGUUUGAUCAGUUUGUUCAAUGCUGUCAGAACGCAUACACUCCGAGCGAAUUCUUGACCAUCGACGAAAUGUUGCUUUCGUUCCGAGGACGGUGCCUAUUCCGCGUCUACAUCCCAAACAAACCAGCGAAAUACGGGCUUAAAAUAUUCGCUUUAGUGGACGCCAAAUCCUUCUAUGUUUUAAACCUUGAAGUAUAUGCAGGCAAACAGCCAUUGGGACCAUAUGCGGUCAGUAAUACAGCUUUUGAUGUAGUGGAGAGGCUCAUUCAACCAGUAUCACGUUCACACCGUAACGUCACAUUUGAUAACUGGUUUACUAGUUACACAUUAAUGCUACAUUUACUUAAUGAGCAUCGUCUUACAUCGACUGGAACUGUCCGAAAAAAUAAGAGACAAAUUCCCGAUUCUUUUACCAGAACUGGUAGGGAACCUGCAACUUCACUCUUCGGAUUUCAAAAGGACAUUACAAUUGUUUCCUAUGCGCCUAAAAAAAACAAAGUCGUUAUAGCUAUGUCCACAAUGCACCAUGACAACUCAAUAGAUCAAUCUACAGGUGAGAAAAACAAACCAGAAAUUAUAACGUUUUAUAACUCAACCAAAGCUGGUGUGGACGUGGUAGAUGAAUUGAGCGCCAGUUACAACGUUUCUCGAAAUAGUAAACGUUGGCCCAUGACGUUGUUCUAUGGGAUUUUGAACAUGGCUUCUAUCAAUGCUUACAUUAUUUAUCAAGCAAAUAAAAGUGCUACUGUAAAGAGAACAGAAUUCAUUCGCAAUUUGGGCCUAUCGCUGAUAUAUGAACAUCUAGAAUCAAGAAAAGAAAAAAAAAACAUCCCAUUUCACAUUCGUCAGCGAAUCACAAGUCAGCUCGGUGAUCCUACACCUGGAGCCUCUGCUAAUAUGCCUGGGCGGUAUGUGAGAUGUCGCGAAUGUCCAAAUAAGAAAGAUCGGAAGACUAAAUAUAUAUGUAACACCUGCGCAAAGCCCAUCUGUAUGGAACACGCAAAAUUUUUAUGCCAAAAUUGUGCUGAUCUCAAUUAAAGUGUCUUACUAUAUUUUUAAGAGAAAAAAAAUAUAUAUUACAUUUUUUUAUUACAAGAUCUCAUUAAUUUUAAGUUUGAAUUUGAUUUUCAUUAUUUAGAAUAAUAUUUUGUUUAGUUUUGUUAGGUUUUGGAAACCUUUAUGAUUUUGUUCCUUUAAUUACAAUGUUUAAAAAGAUAUAAAUAAAUAAUUAAUAU